UAGCUCAACGAAUCAGCUAAACAGCUUAUUGAGAUGGACAAGACCAAUCUAGCUGCUGCAUCUGGCAGUGAUGUCCCCUUGCCAACAGAUACUAACCUGGCAAUAAACAAAGCCCAGUGCUGUACCCUGAACAGUGCUGGAGCUGUUAGUGCCAUUCAGCGGCAAGUUGACGGCAAGAAGAAUGCCAAGAAGCGCCAUUCCUUCACUGCUCUGAGUAUGACACACAAGUCCUCUCAGGCCAUGAAUAACAGGCAUUCCAUGGAGAUUAGUGCCCCUGUCCUGAUCAGCUCAAGUGACCCCCGUGCUGCUGCCAGAAUUGGAGAUGUGACUCAUCUCUCAUCCAGCGCUCCAGUCCAGGAUUCUGCUUCUGCUGGAUCUGCAACCAUGGCUGGACCCAGGACAAGCACAAUCAUGGGAGAUCAAGGAACACCUUCGAAGGUCCAGCUACCUCUGAACAUCUACUUGGCAUUGUAUGCAUACAAGCCCCAGAAGACUGAUGAGUUGGAACUGCGUAAGGGUGAAAUGUAUCGUGUUAUUGAGAAGUGUCAGGAUGGCUGGUUCAAAGGAACAUCUAUGAGAAAUGGCAUGUCUGGUGUCUUUCCAGGCAAUUACGUUACUCCUGUUUCCAGGAUUCCUGCAGGAGCUGGUCAGUCCAGGAAUUUAGCAGGAGGCUCUCCAACAGCAAAAGGCACCUCGGGAGCUGUGCACCCAGGAAGCCCAGCUCUUACAAACUGUGCAACUGUUGUCAGGCCUGCUGUUCCCAUCACUGCCCCUCUCACGCAACCCCAGGGGUCAGCAGCCUCUCCACAGAUGAAUAGCUGUGCACGGUACUCCCCUCAGCAAACAGGGGUCCAGUCCCGCAGUACUGCGCAAAUGGUGGUACAUCCUUCUGUUCAAGCACAAGACCGGCCUACAGCUACAGUCUCACCACUGAGAACCCAGAAUUCUCCAUCCCGCCUCCCAACAACUGUAGUCAGGCCACACUCUGUAGUAUCUCCUCAGCAUAUCCACCAUUCCCCUGUGCAUGUCAUCCCUGGAGCACAAUGUGCCAGGCCCAUCAUUCCGCUCACCUCAGCAGCAGCAGCGAUUACUCCUCCCAAUGUCACUGCAGUCAACCUGAAUGGAGAAGCAGGGAAUGGACCCAUCAAUAGCUUGGUCACUUGCAGCCCAACCAAUUCAGCCUGCAAAGCAGAAGAGAGGAAAAAUGAAAAGAAAGAAAAGAAAAGUGGACUGUUGAAACUUCUAGCUGGAGCAUCAACAAAAAAGAAAUCCCGUUCUCCUCCAUCGAUGUCUCCAACACACGACCCCCUGGCCAUGGUGGAGGGAAUGCUGCAGGGCGCUAUAGGACCAGAACUGUCCUCUCUCUCUAGCCAUGGAAGGGCCGGCUCAUGCCCUAUAGAAAGUGAAAUGCAAGGAGCGAUGGAGAUGGAACCUCUGCACAGAAAAACAGGCUCCUUGGAUUUGAAUUUUUCUAUUCCUUCUCCCAUAAGACAGCUGCCACCUUCCAUGGCAGCCAUCCGUCCAGAACCUAAGCCAUUGUUUCGAGAAAGGUAUCGUGUUGUGGUCCCCUAUCCUCCGCAAAGCGAAGCUGAGAUUGAACUCAAAGAAGGCGACAUUGUUUUUGUCCACAAAAAGAGGGAAGAUGGUUGGUACAAAGGGACAUUACAGCGGAAUGGUAGGUCAGGCCUCUUUCCCGGUAGCUUUGUGGAGAGCUUCUGAGGGCCUCACAUUGGACCUUGAAGGACCUUUCAGAGGAAAUUCCAUAGCACAAAAAAAAAAGCCAACAGCAAAGGGAAACUUUACUGAAUUUCCACUGCCAUAAUAAGAACUGUAAUUAUUAUUUCCAAAGACUCUCUGGGCUCUUUGAUAUUUAGCCCUGGAGACGAGGUCUCUUGCUGUGCUUUCAAACCCACAUACAGUACAUACAGCAGUAUGUUGGAGCAGUGCCUUCUACUUGGAAUCAAAGACUGAAAGGACGCACGUUCGGGUUGUUAUCUAAACUAAAAUCCAGCCACUAUACUUUGUGUAAAUGAAAGAGAAAAUAUGUUUUAAAAAAACUAAGAAGACUUGUUAUAUUGCUGUAAUUUAUUUGUCUGAGCUGCAGUGUUCUUAUUACUGGCCUAUGCAAGAGGGGAUUCGAGUUUCAAGAGGAGAGCAAGGGGAUUCUUGAGGAAUUAAUUUGUUUGUUUUCCUAGUGAGAGAAAGGAACCAUGUGGCGGAGACAAAACCCAAUUAAAUCCACAUAUUUUUCAGCUAGACAGAACUAGGAGCCCAAAUCAUCAUAGCAUUUCUUUCUAUAGAUACCUCAAUAGUAUUCUGCUUGUGAAUACCAAUCUGGACUCCUUAAUAUCCCAUGCAGCCCAGAGAAGAGGCUGGAGGAUGAUGGUUCCCAAACUUAGUGGAGUUGGUCAAAAACAACUAUUGUCUUGCAUAGGAUUCAGUUCACUUGUAUGAGAAAAUGGAUUCUACCUGUGCUUCCCAACCCUUUCAGAAAGCCAAAUCUGAAGCAAAGGUUCACAUGACUAGCUCAGACAAGCCAUGGGACACUCCACACAGGCUUUCUCUCUAGCUGCCACAUCUCUAAUAGUUCUAUUAAUCAAUCAACUGUGUUUCAGAGAUGUCCCUUGGAGACACACCUACACCAGACUGACCCUCAGCCACUAUAUGAAUUUCCAUUAUCUGAGGGAGCCUCUUUUUUUGUGUGUGUCCAUCUCCUAGCAGCACUUUGCAUUUUGAUUAUUGCUUUACUCUAUCAGUAUUAAAGAUAGGAGGGUCCCUUUUUUGGCAUUAUAAUUGUCUAAUGGAAGAAAUGAAAUGCAUUAUAUAUCCCAUAUAAAUAAGGAAAAUCUUAGUUUGCAGACAUAUGGAACUACUUUUCAUGUAAACAAAGAAAGAAAUAUCUGGUUCAGUUCAGCAUACUAUAGGUAAUGGUGAUCUUUUAUUUUAUCAUUGCCAUGUGGACUUAUGACACUGAAGCCAAUUUGGGGGUGAGAUCUAGACUUGGCCACAAAGAGAAGAAAAGACAACACAUAUGUAGUUCUCAGAUAAUGCAAGCUCUUGCACAGGUUAUGCUCACAAUUAGCUCCAUGCAGCUGACAUCCACAUGAAAAAAAGGGUGCUCUUGGGGUAACCUUGACCUCCUUCAUGCAAGAGAAGUGACUAGUCUCUCUGUGUCGGAUAAUCCCUGUAUUCUGGACAGCAAUUGUUGUGCACUAUGUUAAUUCCAAAAAGGAAAAGAUGUCAAAUAGCGUAAAGUGUCUGAACUGGAACAAAAUGACAAGCUAGUCCACAAAGAGAAGGAAAGUAACUGCUAGUAUGUAGAAAUCAGCACAUGGGAUCAGAGAUCACAAAGUAGUAGAGUGGGUACACUAGGUGUGUUCUGAGGCUAUUCUGGCAUCGAAGUCAUACUCAAUAUAUAGCUGUAUUAGUCUGUAUUAGUGUACCAAAGGAUUUCGUAGGAUGUUUUGAGUCUUGUCUUCAUGGGUGAUUUACACUGAAUUCCCCCUGGCCUCACUGCACCCUGUUUGCAUGAUUGAGGGCCAAAAGUCCAAAUCAGGUCCAGACUGUAUUCAAGACACCCACAGCCAAUUUGGGGAUGUUCUGCAUUUAAAUAACAGCUUUUGCUCUGGGUGUUCGGUUCUUCUUACAGUGUUGGGAGCUGCUGCUUUUUCACCCAUAGUCCCUAUGAGCUGUCCAGUGUUGGCAAUAUUGGCAUGAGUCACUCUGCAGUCAAAAUGAGCUGUUCAGCAUGGAUAGCAUGGUUGGACACCUUGUUCUGACUUCAGAAGCAGUGGAUGAUGAACCAUGGGAGAACAGUCACUUCACUGCAAGAACCAAAAAUCUGCAGCAAAAGAGAGCAGGUGAAUUCAGGGUCAGAAUAUUCCAGGAACAGCCUGGAGUAUUCUGGCAAGUGUAGACCCACCCUGAGAGAAAGAUGUUUGUAGCAUAGGCUUUUAUAGAUUGUUUCCAUCUGUUGAAAUAGACUGAGUCUACAAAAGCUUAUGGUGCAAACCCCUUACAGUGAGUCUCAAAGUUUUUAUGUGAUCCCUUAGUAUUCUAAUAUGAGAACAUCUGGACACCUUUUUUCUGCUUUCUCUUAUGCAAGACCAUGAUGUGUGAAACAACACUACCAUGAAGGGAAGACGACUUUUGUAUACAGGAGGGCAUUUUUGGACUUAACCCUUUAUCGUUUGCUAUACAAACUUCUGUUGUUAGACUCAAAAUACUUGACACAUCUUUACCAACUGUCAAUUUAAAAGGUACUAUUAUAUGUAUUUUGUAUCACUUAUUGUAGAAAAUGUCAGAUUCCUGAAUUUCAAAGUCUUACUGCUUGCUACAUGAACUAGGUGGGACGACAAGUCUUACGGGAUGCUACUAAAUAUGGUGGUGUGUCCCUCAUGCACAAAUAUGUCAGGACAAAGCCUCUUCAAAGCACAGGACUUUGUCUAGACUGUGAUAAUUGCUAGAGAUUUGGGAACUAUUUCAGGAGGAUUCAUUUUAAUUGACUUCUACAUGGCAAUAAAAAGAACACUGCAGGUUUCCACAAGCACAGAACAUUGGAAUUUUUCUUUCUCUUUGUCUUAAUCUCAAAAAGAAAUGGUUGUAAUUACCACUAUUAAACAUGUAAUUUGUUACUGUAGAAAUGUAUAUUUCUGAUCACUGUUUGGUUUUCUAACCUUGGUCAAGCUACAUAAUAAAAAUAUUUCAGGCAAUAGAAGCUUCCAGAUACCAGGAACUCAGAGGUGCAAUAAAUAGGAAGCUAGAAAAUAAACCUAUAAAAAGUCAACUGGUGACAUCUAUUAACAUUUUUAGAGGAGGUGGAAAGAUAGUUUUAGCCAUGUGUGCACUCAACCUCAUUCAGGUACUGUGUACUAGAGAUGUCACCCCAAAUAUGACUUUGCCCUGCAUAUGGUAUGAUUUUUUCUAGUCACUUGAAAUAGACAGAUACUAGAUAUACAGACAGUUGCUCGUUCAAAAGGCAUAGAGGCAUUAUCUACAUAUUGUCAAUGCCACCAGAUUAAUGACCCCAGCAAGCAGUAUGUAAUAGAUCAGCCCCUUUUUUUCUGAUGGCACCAGUUCUGCAAGCAGGUACUUGUAUACAAACAUCUAUUGCUGUGCUGUUGGCUGUUUGUCAGGGAGAAGGGAGCAACGAUUCAAUAGCUAAAGUGCUUAGAAGUGGGAUUAUGCAGGUAAUCUGUUCAAUUAUUUUUGCAAAAAUAAAUGGAUGCAAGAAUGCACUACAUGUUUCAGUAAUCUAAGCAUUUGUAUGAUACAAAGGUUAAUAAGAUGAUGUGUGCAAGAAGUAAAAGUGAGUUCAGUGAUACUUUAGCUGUCAUUCAUAUAUCAUUUCUGCGUAGUCAUUAUAUCACCCCAUGUACAGACUCCAGCUCUAGCAGAACAUUUUAGAGCUUUAGCCAGGGAGUUGGCACUUAUCCCUGCCUUCCCCCCAAAGAGGAAGUUUCAGCUCAUUUGAAGUUCAUGUUCUUAUUUUCCUCUCCUCCAAGCCUGCACCAUGGAAGUGACAGAUUGUCACCCCAGCACAUGACUGCUUGGGAGAAUUAAAUUAGAGCAUUUACCCUUCUCCAAUGGAGGGGGGAGGAGUGAUUUUGACACCAACCCCUGCAAUGCCAGAGCUAAUGUUCCCUUAAACUUGACCUGAAGCACCAACUGCUGGAAAGCAUAUUCCAGGCAAAGGUCCCUAUAUUCAUUCUCUGUGUCUGCUCAUCCUUCUAAAUGCUCUGGCUAUUUCAAGCCAACGCAAAAACAUUUUAAAAUGUUAUUGAUCUCAUUUUAGGAGUUUAAAGUCCUUGAAGCAAACCAUACACUGCAUACUGUUGCAUGAAAGAGUGGCAUAUCUUUUAAAAAGAGAAAAUAAAAGUUGCCCCAGGAAUGGCAACAACAGGAACUUUAAAGGGGUGAAAUGGAAGGGACUGAGCCAUUUUAACCUUUCCCUGACUGUUGUUUCAUCUUCUUUGUUGUCUAGUCCCCAUCCAGCAGUUCAACUUCACUAGCAUGAACUUGGGACCCCUUUGGGAAAGAAACAGUUUGAGAGAGCAAUUUGGAAUCGAGAAACUGCAGCUAAGGAAAGGUUGAUGGCUUCCUCCCUUGCUACUUCCUUGCUUUAAAUGCCUCUUCUUGAAUUUUUACUUUUUGUUUUUGCAUACCUCUGCAUGUGACAUAAUUUUAGUUGCACCAUGUCUUGAGGAAAUCACAUGGACAUCUUACUUCCAGGAUAGAAAUAUCUAUGAUUAGCAUUGUAAAGUGUCUUUUCCCCCCCUGUGGGAGAUAAAAGUGAGAUGGAAGUCAGAUAUUCCCUGGGUGACUAAUACCACACUCUCCUCCUGACUCUGUACUCCAUAAGAUUGUCACUUACGUGUUGACACAAGAUACAAAGAGGGAGAAGCAUAGGAAGGAGGUUGCAUGCCAUUUUGCUUUAGAAUUCUUACAUCUAAGUGUUUGGACCUAUCCAGAGUUGGUAUUUCUGCAGCAUGAGCAAAAAACAUUCCUUUGCCAAGUCAACAAUGAGAAAAAUAGCACAGUGGGUUUUUUUUUUUUGGUUUUUUUUUGCCAACCCAUCUGAUUAUUAUUAUUAUAUUUUAAAUUCAAGUCCACUUAAUUGUAGGCUUUAUAUUGAUGUGCUUCUCUAGUGUGUCCAUUUGCCAUAACUGCAAUAACCACCAGCUUGUAAGACAUUUACACCAAAGCAUCCAGACAUAACUACAGUGGAUGACAGAGGCCAAGCUCUAAAAACUACAGGUAUUAGCUCCAGGUACAUGCAGGGAAGUCAGACUUGUGCUUCCCGGAUUAUUACAUAACAAUACAAAAACACUUUUGAAACUGAGAAGGGUGUCACAGGAAACUCCAGUUUAUGAUAAGACAGAGACAGCAGGGUAGUUAUUCAACAAAAAAGAGACAAAUUCUACCUGUUAUACACAAGCUCUAGAAUACAACUAUAGUAGCUCUUUGACAAUGCUUUUCUUUAACUGAUUUCUUCACUGUAACAGUGAGAAAUCAUAAUUAUUGUCUGAUGUAUUUGGCUGGCUGUAACAGCAGCAUGCACAUAAUAGUUGCACACAACAGAUCAUUUGGCAGAAACACACCAAACAAUACUAAUACCUAUUACAAAAAUCAGUGUUUAAAGACUAUCAGGAUCCCCCCAUCCUACACAUUAGGUGUCAUCAGUCAAACUUGAUUUGAGAAUAAAGGCUUUCUUUGACUAUUUGAUGCUCUGAAAACAUUUGUCGUUAUCUCUUAGUUUUCAUUCAUCACAGCAGCUUGGAGUAGUUUCCUGUGGUUGACUGGCCCCACAUAAACAGCACAAACAAAAGAAAGCAAAGACAAGAAUUCCUGAUUAUAGGACAGCACAGAAAUGGUUAUAGGAUAGCACAGAAAUGAACUAACUCCUACAGUGGUCCAUUGAAUAAGGUGCAUUCAAAGACAGAAGGCAGGGGGAGUGUAUGUGUGUGUGUGUGUGCAUGUGUGCAUUUCUUAUGAAAGAAAACUGCAAAGAAAUUGUCCUGGCAGCCUUGUUUUGUAAAAUGCCAGAUUUAUUGUACUGGAAAAGGUUUCUGCUAACCGAACAAAUCCCUUUGUACUUUGCACAGUUCAGAAAAAGGUUUUUGUUACACAUGGGUGUUAACGUAUAAUUUUAAAAAAUGUCAAUGGUUAUUAUGAGUACAAAUGAACUGCAGUGACUGUGUUUUUUCUCAUUCUUUCAAUAAAAUAACCAUCAAUGUAA